AUGACGGAAGCCCAGAAUAUUAGGGCCUUGGACCUGGCAAAGGCGUUAAGAGGCCAUUGGGUCCAGCCUGAUUUGCAGAUGAGGGAACGGGCCACCUGGAGGUGUGUUUGUAUUUCUGAAAAUUUUUUUAAGAGUUAUGAAGUUGCAACCGCCCUAGAAAAUCGAAGCCAUAAGGUUCGGUAUUCAGAUUCAGUGGAAAAUGGAUCAAUUAUAUUUUCUCUUUCUGGAGUUGCAUUUUUAUUGAUGGAUGCUAAAAAAUGCUUUAUGUCUGCUGAAGAAACAUUUCUAGCCAAAAUUGAGAAGUUUAUUAACAUUCACCGAAAUAGUUUUUUGGUUCUGUCUGCUGCCCUGCAUGGGCCUGAGGAAUGGAAACUGAUGUUCAGGAUUCAGCAGAGAUUCCUGGGUAGUAACCUACGGAUACUUCCAGUACACAACACAAUAAAUGCUAUUAAUCUUAUGUGCACCAUAGCUAAGAUCACCUCCAAACCACACAUAGAUAGCAUCUGCUACAGAAUGAUAACAACUAAAGCUUACAUCAUUGAGCAAAGUCCAGUUUGGAAAACACUUCAAAAGAUAAAACUGAGUAGUGAUACAUUUAACCCAAAUUAGAUUAUCAAUUACAAAUGUUCUUUUGGAAGAAUAUUAAAAUAAAAUACAUACAAUUAAAAAUG